AUGUUAGCGAUCCUAUGGGAUGCGAGAAGCCUUUUGUUCCACGGUAGAAACGACGUCCUACGUGGACAUCGUUUUAACGUGGGUGUCGACAUUGGUCAUCUAAUACCGCAUGGUAGUGGUGUGAAAAUGAUUGCUAACAUCAAUGGACGAGUGGUCGAGAUACCUAUGAAACGAACAGGUGCUGCAUCGCAUGGUGGAAUAUUCAUUGCACAUGAAAUUGGACAAUCUACUCUUAAGGUACUGUUUGAUGGCGCCUUAGUGAAAGAAGCUAAGAUCAAUGUCCGAGAAGGUUGCGAUGCGUCGAAAUGUAAGGCCACUGGUGAAGGAUUGAGGAGCGCCAUUGUCGGAAAACCAGCGAGAUUUGACAUCGAUGCACAGAACGCAGGCACUGGCGAACUAUUUGUGCAGCUUGUCGGCCCAGCAGAAGCGAAGAACAAAUGUAGAGAUAAUGCAGACGGCUCAUGUACCGUUGAAUAUGUCCCUUCUGUUCCCGGAGAGUACAGCAUCGGUAUCUGCUACGGAAAUGAGAAAAAUAAGGAGCACGUUCCAGGAUCGCCGUUCCGUGCUAUCGUCGACUAUCCAUACGAUCCUUCUCGUAUAACGGUAAAUGGGCUACGAUUAGAUUCAAUAUCGGAAGCUCGUGUUGGUACACCGGUCACGUUUGACAUUGAUGCUUCAUUGACACACGAAGCACCAAUAAGUGUUAGCGUACCGCCAGGUAAUUCUGCACUCUUAUCAUUGAGGAAUAAAUGAAC